AUGGCCAUUAUCAAACUCUCAAACAUUAUCUCCACAUUAAUCCUCUUCACUCUUCUCUCUUGUAAUGUUCUCUCUGACCAACUUGAAUGUGCUAACUAUCCAUGUUUACCGCCACCGACAUUGCCGGAAAACUGCCCUCCGCCACCGGCAUCAGUUUAUCUGUACCCUCCUCCCCCACCUCUUUUUCCUUCUUUUCUUCCACCUUUUGUCAUCUACCUUUCACCUCCUCCUCCUCCUCCUCCUCCUCCUCCUAAUCCUAUCUUACCUUACUUUCCUUGGUACUACUUAUCAUCACCAUCAUCACCGGCAUCUUUUUCGUCUUCCUCUCCGGCAAGAGCCAGUCUUAUACUAUUGAUUGAGGCAUUGCUUGCUAUGUUACUAUUUGCAUGA